AUUUUUUAUUGUUACUAAGCACCAUAUGAUUCACAAUCACCCCAUGGUGCCAUUGAAACAAAGACAUUUAAUAAGAUCUCAUAGGAAAGUGACAGUUGAACAAUUGCAUAUGAUUAAUAAUUUGAGAAGUUGUGGAGUGGGGGUUGCUGAAGCUGUGCGUGUAUUGAGGAAGGAAGCGGGGGGAUCUCCAAAUCUUGGGUUUGUGAACAGAGAUGCUUAUGAUGCAGUUGCUACUCAAAGAAAGAAAGAACUUGAUGGUUGUGAUAGUAACCAACUGAUAAAGAACUUUACGCAAAGACAAGCAGCGGAAUAUGAUUUUUAUUAUGACGUUCGACUAGAUGCUAUAGAGCACUUAAUAAGUUUUUUCUGGAGGGAUGGAAGAAUGAGAAAGGAUUAUGAAGUGUUUGGAGAUCUAGUUGUUCAUGAUACGACGUACCGUACGAAUAAGUAUGGGAUGAUUUGUGGUCCGUUUGUUGGGAUGAACCAUCACCAAAGGAACGUGAUGUUUGGUGUUGGUUUCCUAUUGAACGAAGACACCGAUUCUUUUGUGUGGUUGUUUGACUCGUUUUUGAAGAGUAUGGGAGGUAGGUCGCCGAUUACCAUUAUGACUGACCAAGAUGCUGCGAUGGCGAAGGCUAUAAGCAUUGUUUUUCCCAAUGUUAUACAUCGUUUGUGUAUAUGGCACAUCGGGAAAAAUUCCAUCAACAAUAUCAAAGGUUUGAGGGGAAAGGCUGGAUUUGUGGAUCUAUUCAAUUAUGUUCUAAAACAUUGUGAGACCAAGAGUGAGUUCAAGCACUACUGGACAAGUAUGAUUACCAAGUACAAGUGCGCUGCAUGUCCUUGGUUGAUUAGGUUGUACAAGUUAAGGAAGAUGUGGUGUCCAGUUUACUCCAAGGAUUACUUCUCAGGAGGGGUGCUGUCUUCUCAAAGAAGUGAGACUACAAACCAUUCCUUGAAUCAAAGGCUUCAUAGCAUGCAAGGCCUUUGUGAUUUCUACAAGGUUUUUAUAGAUGUUGUUGAGGAAUGGAGGGAUAGGGAGAAUGGUGAAGAUUACAAUGCACUUAAUGGCAACAAACAUCUAGCAUUUGUAGAUGUUAAGUUACUAAAUGAGGCGAAGAAGAUAUACACUGUGGCUGUUAUUUGACGUUUGAGGAAAAUUUCAUAAGAGGUGCGUCAUUUUGCCAGAAACUAGUCAAGUAUGACCCCCCUUUCUUUGAAUACCAUGUGGGACGCACUGAGAAAGAAUAUCUAAUGCAUCUUGUUAGAUAUGACCAAGAAAAUAUGACAAUUGAUUGCACAUGCAAGUAUUUCACUAAGAUGGGUUUAUUGU